CAAACCAAGGACACUGGCAACGUAAUUUCCGAGAACUGUUAUCAGAGUGCGUUGAACACAUGGAACAGAACUGAGCUGCGCAAGUCGAGGAAACGGCAACGCAACUGCCGGAAGACCGAGAAACUCGGCAACUGCGCAAGCCAGUCUUCUCACAAUUGCGUUGCAGCGUUGUGUUCUAGCGUCAGCUGUUCUAACGUGUUUCUGUGAUUCGUAUACUUGUUCAUAUGGCACGAAAGGCUGAUAAAGUUGAUAAUUUUGUUUUUGUGCAGUUAAUUGAACAGGAGCCUGGCAUAUAUGACAAAUGCCACCCAAACUAUGGUAGACGGGACAAAGUAGAUUUGGCUUGGGAAAGAAUUUCACAUGAGAUGAAGGAGUCUGUCGCAGCCUGUAAAGACAGAUGGAAACACAUAAGAACAGUAUUCGUCCGCCAUUUGCAUGAUAAGACACCUGGGUCGUCUGCUAAAAAGCGUCCAUACUAUCUUCAUGACGCAAUGCAGUUCAUGAUUCCACACAUAACGAAAAGUAGCCACCAGGAAAGCAAUUUGGCAGCGUCGCACAGUAAAGAAGACACUGCAUUAUCGGGAGAAAACGAAGAAGACACUCAGAUGAACGAAACGUCGGAUGAAAACUUGCCGGAAAGUAUCACACCAUCGCAGAGUCCUGCCGUGGUACAACAAGCUUAUCAUCAGAGCAACCGAGACGAUUCUAAGCAGCCGUUACUUAGCAAACGACGUCGGCCAACAGGUUUGGAUCCGGCUGAUACGUGCUUCAUGGACUACGUGAAGCAAGAGACGCAGUGGAGAACUGCGGAUCCAGACUCAGGCUUUCUGCACAGUCUGCUCCCAGAUAUGAAAUCAAUGACUUCUAAGCAGAAACGUACGUUUAAAAUUGGAGUUCUAAAUCUGAUGGAUGAGAUAUUAGAAGAUACAGGAAGUGACCAGCAGUCUAUCACAGACUGAGUGAAACAUCUCAAGAACUACAUGAUAGCUCCAGUGAGUGUUAACAUAUUUGCAAACGGAACAGAGGAAAUCAGGAAAUGUGGACUCCCACACAAAUGGCACGGGUGAUACAAACUGAUUGUAACAGAUAAUGUAAAAACAAUGCCUAGCAGUGGCGUGGUAUUUGUUUAGACAUCUCCAUAAUAUACUAUAUAUAGCAGUAAAUAGAUAAACUUUCCUUACCUCAGAGUAUCAGCAGUCUUUCUUCUGCCGACACAUCUGUACGAAAUUUUGUAUCGUUUCUUCGAAUUUGAGGUCCUACAAGAUCCACUAAUAGAAAAACUUUCAAUGUUCAUUUUGUAAAGUGAUUUCAGCAGUUCUGGGUACUGGUUAAGUUCUUAAAAAAAAAAAAAAAGAAUAUAAGCACCCGAGUUUAAAUUGUCGCGCAAGAACGGGUGCACCCAAUGUUUCCUUGUCUCAUGUCUUCCCUUCUGAAGGCGCGUCCACAUUACUCGUGCUCGUCAGGAGACUCGUCUGGCUUUUACUUGUGCUCGU